AUGAGUUCCAAGUCAGCAGCAGCGAUUCUCCAGCGGCAGUUCAGAGACUUGACCGACCCCAAGAAAGGUAUUCCCUCGUUCCACAUUGAACUUGACGACGAUAACAUCUUCUUGUGGAAUAUCGGCAUCAUGGUGCUUAACAAGGAGUCCAUGUACCAUGGCGGUUUCUUCAAGGGCCAGAUGCGUUUCCCUGCUGAUUUCCCCUUCUCGCCACCUACCUUCCGCUUCACCCCGGCUAUCUACCACCCUAACGUUUAUCGUGACGGCAGAUUGUGCAUUUCCAUUCUCCACCAGGGUGGUGACCCAACGUCGGAUGAGCCCGACAGCGAGACGUGGUCGCCUGCGCAAACGGUGGAGUCGGUGUUGAUUUCGAUCGUUUCGCUCUUAGAAGACCCAAACGUGCUGUCUCCUGCCAACAUUGACGCCUCGGUCGAGUUGAGGAAGAGUCCUGACGCUUACAAGAAGAAGGUGAUGCAAGAAGUGACAAGGUCCAAGGGCGACAUCCCCGAGGGCUUUGUCGUGCCCGAGUCUGAGGUUCAUGCUUACGGCGGUGCCAACGGCACGGCCAAGGACGCAGAACAAGAGCCUGUUGAUGAAGACUUCUGGUACGAUAGCGAGGAAGAGAGCUUUGACGAGGAGAGCCUCAUGGAUGACAUGGAGGACGUUGAAGAUGACGUUGAAGAGGAAGAGAGCGACGUGGACAUGGUGGUGAAAUAA